AUGUCGAGAGCUGCAACACGAACUCAGAGUGGAUGCCGGGUCCAGCAGAGCGCUGUCUCCUUAAAACAGAUUCGGCCCCUCCGCGGUGCUCAGAGGAUCAGGUGGACGUCUGCUUCCCAGGAUAAAACGGUCUGUAGUUGGAACAGUGACAUGAUGGAUAGAACACGAGUGCUGUUUAUUUUUCUGACUUCAACUAUUCUGUGGCUUCUGUUCCAUGUUUCCGUAACCUCUACUGUGAUGGUGAAAGGCCAAUCUGAUCAAGAACUAGAAGCUUAUUUAAAACGCCUGAACAAACCUGCAGUUAAAACCAUGACGAAUAAAGAUGGAGAGGUAAUUGAUUGUGUUGAUAUCUACAAGCAGCCUGCUCUUGACCACCCCUUGCUCAAGGACCACAUAGUUCAGAUGAAACCAAGCUUUAUACCAGAGGUGGAAGAAGACCAUGACAAUCAAACAAUAGAUGAACCCGCAACUCAAAAUAUUGAGAGUUGUCCACCAGGAACAGUCCCAAUUAGAAGAACUCAGAUGAGCGAUCUUCGUAGAGUUGCAUCCUUAGAAAGCUUUGGAAGACGUAAUACUAAUGGUGGAACCAUUGAUCAAGCAGGAGCCGUGAAGAAAGGAGAAGGACCUUACCUUGGAGCAAGAGCUUUAAUCAAUGUUUGGAAUGUCCCUGCGGAAGCUAAUGAGUGGAGUCACAGUGCUAUUGAGAUCUCAGACUCCGUGAAGUACUACAUUGAAGCUGGCUGGAUAAUUGUUUGGCAGGUGAAUCAAGAAUUAUACGGGGAUAAAAGAACUCGGCUGUACACUUAUUGGACAGCAGAUGGGUAUGGGAGGACAGGUUGCUAUAACUUACUCUGCCCAGGCUUCGUCCAAGUCAGUAAAAAGUUUGCGCCGGGAGUUAUUGUGCAACCUCUCUCAUCCUACAACGGCUCACAAUUCGUCAUCGCAAUAACAGUUUACAAGGACAACGUGAAUCUGAAUUGGUGGUUACAUUUGAAAGGGGAGCCGGUAGGUUAUUGGCCGGGAGUGUUGUUCGGCGGUGUGGACAUGAUGUUCCAGGAGGCUAAUCAGGUGAAGUGGAUUGGUUCAGUGCUGAACAAGUGGAACAAGGGGCAUCACACGACGACGCAUAUGGGCAGUGGCUACUUGGCCGAGGAGGGAUGGGGGAAGGCAGCUUACUUCCGAGCUGUGUUGAUCAUGAACAUGCUCAACAACUUCGUUCCACCGAACGGUGCGCAGCUCAUCGCCACCGCCAAAGGUUGCUACAACGUCAAGCUGGGGUCUGGCUCCAUAUUGUUCUAUUACGGAGGCCCUGGAGGUCUCUAUUGUGCCUAA